CACCCUGUACCCCUCCUCCUCGCCCUCCUCCUCUCAGCCCACGGCCUCCGCAAGGGAUCCCUAUCCACCUCUGGCAGCAUCGCAGCCUUCUUCGUAGGCUACCUCAGCUUGGCAGUCGAAGGAAACAAGACCUUUGGUGUCGUACUGCUCUGCUUUUACUUGGCGGGCAGUAGGGCUACCAAGGUCAAGAGCGAGUUCAAGGCAAAGUGUGAACGUGAGGAAGGGACGGGGCAGCAUAAGAGUGCGGGAGGUGGAGGGAGAGAUGCUUGGCAGGUAGCCAACUUCUCGCUCCUCCCCACAUGCUGCGCCUUUACAGGCACAUUCGCAGCCGUCGCGUAUCGCAUUGUUCUCUCCUCCCUCUCCAGCAAUGCAUCAACCUCCUCUUUUCUACCGUCAUGGCUCUCCCCAACAUCCUCCACUCUGGGUGCCUGCCCUCUCACCCAUCCGACGCUGCGCUUCCUCGCUAACCUCUCCCUAGCCCACUACGCCGCCUGCAUGGGAGAUGUCCUCGCCUCUGAGCUAGGCAUCUUGUCAAGGGGGGAGCCCUGGUUGCUUUUCACCUUGAGGCCCAGAAGGGUGCCUAGAGGAACAAACGGCGCCCUCUCCCCUUGGGGCACAUUUUGCUCUUUCCUCGGCGGCCUCUUCAUUGGCAUCGUGUACCUAGUCACGCUCCACAUCUCGAUGCCUGCUUGUCGUCCGGCCCCACUACGCCCUGGUCAAUCUGUCUGGGAGCCUUCGCCUACGCUUGCUCCCUCUGGCGGGGCAGUCAGUAUCGCCUGUAUGGCGGGCUUUGGGGGAAGCAUGCUCGACUCCUUCUUGGGAGCGGUAUGUCAGAGGACGUGGUAUCAUCGAGGGACGAAGCAGGUACUUGUUGGAGGCACUGCAGAUUUACCAAAGGGUGACGCGGUAGGCUGGACCAUCAUUAGCGGGUAUGACAUCCUGUCCAAUGGGCAGGUCAACUUCAUCUCCUCAGCUGCCGUGGCGCUGACCCUUGCA